AAGUUACGCUUCGUCGCAGGGGAGGCGCUGCUCCUUGGCCACCUAAAGCAUUUGGUACAGACGAGUUGCGUAGGAAGCACCUUAAAUUAUACCGUGCAAUGCCUCCUAAAAAAGUGAAUUUAGGAAAAUCACUUGUACGAGAUAGAUUCAAAGGGAAGCGCAAAAGAAGAGGAGACGGCGAUGGAUCAUCUCGACACACCGCCGAGCUCGGGGACGGCUACGACUGGAACAAGAUCAACCUGCGCUCUGUCACUGAAGAGACUGCCAUCGACGAGUUCCUCAACACUGCGCAGCUGGCGGGGACAGAGUUUGUGGCGGAGAAGCUGAACAUCACGUUUGUGAACCCGCGCGGCCAGAUCGGCAUCCCGUCGGCUGAAGAACUGAUAGAGAUUGAGGAGAAGCAGCGGGAGAACCUGGCCCUGCUUCAGAUACCGAGGCGACCCGCCUGGGACGAGACGACCAGCGCGGCCGAGCUGCACGCCGCCGAGGAGCUGGCCUUCCUCGAGUGGCGCCGCCAGCUGGCGCAGCUGCAGGAGGCGCGCGGUCUGACUCUCACGCCGUACGAGCGCAAUCUCGAGUUCUGGCGCCAGCUGUGGCGCGUGGUCGAGCGCAGUGACGUGGUGGUGCAAAUCCUGGACGCGCGGAAUCCGAUGCUGUACCGCUGCGAGGACCUAGAGCGCUACGUGCGCGAGGUGGACCCGGAGAAAGACAACAUGUUGCUCAUCAACAAGUCGGACCUGCUGACGGCCGAGCAGCGCGCCGUGUGGGCCGACUUCUUCAACGAGGCGGGCGUGAAGGCGGCCUUCUUUUCGGCGCUGGACGAGGCCGAUGCGCCGCCGGCGCCGGCCGACUCCGACUCCGGCUCCGGCUCCGAGUCUGACGCCGACUCCGCCGACGACGACUCUGACUCGGAGUCGGACGAGGCGCCGCCGGCGCUGGUCACGUGGCCGCAGGCGAGUCAGCGCCGCCCCGAGUCGGAGUCAGAGUCGGAGCCGCCGUCCGUCGGUGGCGGGUUCACCAGCCCGCGCCUGCUGUCGCGCGAGCAGCUGAUCAGCCUGCUGAAGACAGUGCACGGCGGACGCCGGCGCACGAAGGGCGCCGCUACCGUCGGCUUCGUCGGCUACCCCAAUGUCGGCAAAAGCUCCACCAUCAACGCGCUGCUGCAGGCGAAGAAGGUGUCCGUCUCGGCCACGCCCGGCAAGACUAAACACUUCCAGACCCUCCACAUCGACACGGAGCUGAUCCUGUGCGACUGCCCGGGCCUGGUGAUGCCCUCCUUCCUCUCCACCAAGGCCGAGAUGGUGGUCUGGGGCGUGCUGCCCAUCGACCAGAUGCGCGACCACGUGCCGCCGGUCAACCUCGUGGCGCACCUCGUGCCGCGCGCCGUGCUGGAGCGCACCUACGGCAUCAUGCUGCCGCCGCCGCGCGAGGGCGAGCCACCCGACCGGCCGCCCACCUCCGAGGAGCUGCUGAACGCCUACGGCUACAUGCGCGGCUUCAUGACCGCCCGCGGCAUGCCCGACAACCCGCGCUCGGCGCGCGUGGUGCUCAAGGACUUCGUGCGCGGCAAGCUGCUGUACUGCCGGGCGCCGCCGGGCCGCGACCAGCAGAGGUUCCACAGCUCGCCGCUAGAGGCGCCACGGGAGCGGCCGGCGGGCCAGAGACCGCCGCAAGAGAAGAUUGUCAAGCCGAGCCAGCCGACGGCCGCGGCGGUGGACAGCAGCUUCUUCAGCUCCGUCCAGAGCCGCUCGCACAGCACGGAUGUCAAGGGAGUUAGUCGGACGGACGGGCUGAAGGAGGCCGCCCCUGACGGCGAUGAUUCGGUGUCCGAGAUCAGCGUUGCCAGCAAACCUUGGCGGGUCAAGGGCGGUAAGCGGCCGAAGAAGGGCAAGCUGCGGCGCGUGUACCACCACCUAGACGACGUAUGACGAACUGAAGCUUUCCAUUUUGUACGCGCGGCGCUGCGAGCGCCGAGUUGCCGGUGCUGUGCUGGCCGGCAGUAGGCGACCGCGGCCGUCCGCUCCGCGGAAUUCUGCGCCGGGAGUCCGUCCGUGGCCGGUCUGCGGCGGCACGAUGUCUGGUGGCCCCGCUGCGCCCUGGGCAGUGUGGCGAGGUCAAAAGGAUGACCUCUGAUGUGGGACCGCGUGGACCGGUAGGUCAUGAUGAGCAUCCGCCGCACCGCGCUUCCCGGACUUCAGUAACGCACGUGAAGCAUCUGUUUUGUUGGAUGAUGUAUAAAUAUAUAUAUGACAGAUCCUGAUGUACUGUUUCCUCUCU